GAAGAACAUGGAGAAGCUGCAGGUUUGGCUCCUUGUCAUCGCUGGCUUCUCAGGAGCCGUCGCUCAGACAGAUCUACACGGCAAAGUGUUUGUGUUCCCUAAGGUGACUGCAACUGCCCACGUCAUCCUGAAACCGAGGCUGGCCAAGCCGCUGUGGAACGUCAGUGUGUGUCUGAGAUUCGGGUGUGACCUGACCCGGGCCUACAGCCUCUUCUCCUACGCCACCAAGGCCAAGGACAAUGACUUCCUCCUCUUCAAACCCAAGCCCGGGUCGCUCAGUCUGUACGUCGGAGGCGAACAGGUCACCUUCAAAGUCCCAGAAGGAACAGGUACAAACACUGGGUGGAUGCAUGUCUGUGCCAGCUGGGAGUCUGCCACCGGCAUAGCCGAGCUCUGGGUGAACGGGAGCCCCUUACCCAGGAAGGGGCUGAAGAAAGGCUACUCUGUCAGCAACCAGGGUGUGCUUGUCCUGGGGCAGGAGCAGGACACCCCGGGGGGUAAAUUCGACAUAAAUCAGUCGUUUGUCGGGGAAAUCACAGAUGUGUACAUGUGGGACACUCUGCUCUCCCCGGAUGAAGUUAGCCUUGCCAUGAACAAUGGGGUCCUGCCUCACGUCAUCCUUGACUGGAGAGCCCUGAGCUACGAGACCAAAGAUUAUGUUGUCAUCAAACCCAGCCUGCUCCCGGUGUACUGA